CGAUGACAAUGAUGACAGCAGGAACGGUAACAACGGUAGCAGCGCCACCGCCGCCGUCGCAGUCGCCGCCACCAUCAGCAGCAUCAUCAUCAUCAGCAGCAGCAAUCGCAGCAGCAGCAGCAACAACAACAACAGCAGCGUUAUCUUCGAUGGAAAUGUCGAAAAUAAUGCUGAUGGUGAAUUCGACACAACAGCAACAACAACAACAACAACAUCAACAGCAGCAGCAAUUACUGCCAACAGCAGCAGCAGCAGCAACAACAGCUGUAGCAGCCACUGCCGCCGUCACGGCGACCGCCACGACCACCACAACGACGGCCACGACAACAAUAUUACCAGCAGCAGCAGCAGCAGCAACAACCUCAGCAGCAGCAAUGGUUGUUGUUGUCAAGAAAGACGACAACAACGCCAACAACAACAACAACACCACAACAACAACAAUAAACACAACACCACAACAACAACAACAACAACAUCAACAACAACAACAUCAACAGCAGCAGCAAUUACUGCCAACAGCAGCAGCAGCAGCAACAACAGCUGUAGCAGCCACUGCCGCCGUCACGGCGACCGCCACGACCACCACAACGACGGCCACGACAACAAUAUUACCAGCAGCAGCAGCAGCAACAACCUCAGCAGCAAUGGUUGUUGUUGUCAAGAAAGACGACAACAACGCCAACAACAACAACAACACCACAACAACAACAAUAAACACAACACCAAUUAGUAAUACUACUAAUAAUAAUAAUACUAACAACAGCAACAACAACAGGUCGGCCAAUACGGCGACGACGACCUGUGCCUCCCCAGUUGCCGUUAACUUUUAUAACGGUAAUGUUAAUAGUAACAGUAGUAGUAGUAGUAAUUCUAGUAGUAUUAGUAGUAGUAGUAAUAGUAAUAGCUGUAGUAGUAAUAAUAAUAAUAAUAGUACAAAUAAUAUUCUUAAUAACAACGGUUGUUUUAAUAGCAACAACAACAAUAAUAAUAAUAAUACUAAGCAGAACAACAACAACGACGCUUUACGGAAGGAGUCCAAGUUGGAACGUGUGGUUGGUAUCUCUACUUUACAAAACGGGGAGCAAGGAUUGACUAACGGAGAUAAUAUACUAAACGACCACCAACAAGGAGAAGAGCACAUGGUGCAAAACCAGAUGACCCCAACAUAUCAAUAUGCACAGACUGGGCUGGAAGAGUACCACCAUCAAGUGGUAAGCCAGGCGCCGACAGUGUCUGCUGCCGGUGCCGCUGUUGCAGACCCCGCUGCCCAGUUUAAAGCAGAGCAAGCCACAGUGUACGCGACAGCAGCAACAGUAGUGCCGCCUCCGUCCAACGGGGGUGUCGGAGUUGUCCCUGGCGUGGAGCAGCAGACGGUAAGAAGUCGACCCAUACAUCAAACUGACUUAGAUGGUGAAGUGCCUGCGACAGCAGUCACACCAGUCACUAGUGUGGCGCAGGUUGGCACGACAGGUCCCAAACGCCUUCAUGUUUCCAAUAUCCCCUUCCGGUUCAGGGAAGCUGAUCUAAAAGGUUUAUUAGGGCAAUUCGGACAUAUUUUAGAUGUAGAAAUAAUCUUUAAUGAACGGGGAUCAAAGGGAUUUGGUUUUGUAACUUUCCAAAAUAGCGCUGACGCCGACCGAGCACGUGAAAAACUGAACGGAACAGUUGUUGAGGGCCGAAAAAUUGAGGUGAACAAUGCCACUGCCCGUGUUAUGACCAAAAAAGCCGUUAACCCCGCAAUUCCAAAUGCUGCUGCUUUACGAGGUGUGACGUUGACUCGUGGUCGAGCAGCAGCGGCUGUAACGGCACGAGGAGUAUACGCCGCAGCAGCGGCAGCAGCAGCAUUCAGGCACCCGACGCCCUUGACAACAACUGCAGCAGCUUUACCGUACGCCGCUGGAGUGUAUCACCAAGACCCCUUCUUAGCGACAUAUGCAGCAGCUGAUCGAUAUCAGCUUGUUACAACCCAGCCAUAUGCAGCUGCAGGCUAUGCGGCUGCAACACGCUAUGCAAUCCCCACUGUAGCAGCGACAGCAGCCACGUACGCGGCUGGGUAUGGCAGGGAGUAUGCGGCAGACCCCUAUUUGGGACACAGUAUCGGACCAGUCACCGGAUAUGGGGCUACUGUUUACAGGGGUGGUUACCAGCGGUUUGCACCAUACUGAGGUCACGUGAGUACGUUGCUAUGAAGCGGAUGGCAAGAAACUCUUUUUUCCUGAAUCUGACAGCAAGACAGGCUGUCUGAUUUUUUUUUAUAUAAAACAAAUAAGUUUAUAUAAUAUAUAUAUAUAUAUAUAUAUAUAUAUACACACACAUAUAUAUACAUACACACAUAUAAUACGUAUA